CCCAGCGCUGCCCUUGCACGAGCCAGGGACCCACUCUGGUGGGACCCCAGCCCAGUGGGAGAGUGUGGCCCGGGGUGGGGGGCGGUGCCUAGAGACCCCGCACCAAGGGUGCUCCUGCAGGGCUCCAGGCUCAGUCAUUUCGGGCAGGGUCCAGCCCUCGCCUGACACCGAUGUCCCCAAACACGGUGUCCGCGCUCCUCUUCUAUGGCAGGGGCGAAGGGGCCGGAGCUGUGUUCAGGCCGCUCCGCGCCGCAAGGCAGCAGCCACCCCGGGAGGGGGCGUCGCCUGCGGGUCACCCAGAGGACGCGGGGCGGGGAGUCGCGGCUGUGGGAGAAGCCGGGGAAGCGUCGCCCGUCCCGCCUGACCUUUAGGAGUCGGCGCCCGCGGCAGCGCUGCACGGCGCGGCGAGGCUCGGAGGGCGCUCAGCUCCGGGCCCUCGCCGGUCCCUGCCGGUCCUCCCAGCCCGGGCCCCGGCGGCUUCCCGCUCCACAGCCUCCGGACGUCCUGUCGGGUCCAGGCCGGGCAGGUAGGAGGGCGCCGGCGUCCCCGCGGAGGGCCCCCGAGCCGCGCGCCGCCGCUGCGCUCUGCGCGGAGCCCGCGGAUGUCGGGCGCUAUCUUCGCGCCCCUGGAGGGGCCGGGCGCCCUGGAUGCCGCGAGCGGCCAUCCGCUCGUGUGCCCGCUGUGCCACGCGCAGUACGAGCGCCCGUGCCUGCUGGACUGCUUCCACGACUUCUGCGCGGGCUGCCUGCGUGGCCGCACCGCCGACGGCCGCGUCGCCUGCCCGCUGUGCCAACACCAGACCGUGGUGAAGGGGCCGAGCGGGCUCCCGCCGGUGGACCGGCUGCUGCAGUUCCUGGUGGACAGCUCCGGGGAUGGCGUGGAGGCCGUGCACUGUGCCAACUGUGACCUGGACUGCAGCAAGCAGGACGCGGAGACCGCGUGCUUCUGCAACACGUGCGGGCAGCCCCUGUGCGCGCGCUGCCGCGACGAGACGCACCGGGCGCGCAUGUUCGCGCGCCACGACAUCGUGGCCCUGGGCCAGCGCAGCCGCGACGUGCUCCAGAAGUGCCCGCUGCACGCCGAGCCCUACCUCAUGUUCUCCACCGACAAGAAAUCGCUGCUGUGCAUCCGCUGCUUCCGGGACUUGCAGGGGGAGAGCAGAGCCCAUUGCGUCGACCUGGAGUCGGCCUACGUGCAGGGCUGUGAGCGGCUGGAGCAGGCGGUGCUGGCCGUGAAAGCGCUGCAGGCGGCCACGCGGGAGGCCAUCGCGCUGCUGCAGGCCAUGGUGGAGGAGGUGCGGCGCAGCGCGGAGGAGGAGGCGGCCGCCAUCCACGCGCUCUUCGACAGCGUGCAGGAGAAACUGGCGGAGAGGAAAGCAUUGUUGCUACAGGCUGUGCAGAGCCAAUACGAGGAGAAGGACCAGGCCUUCAAGGAGCAGCUCUCCCACUUGGCCACCCUGCUGCCCACCCUGCAGAUCCACCUGGUCAUCUGCUCCUCCUUCCUCAGCUUGGCCAACAAGGCUGAGUUCCUGGACCUGGGUUAUGAGCUGAUGGAGAGGCUGCAGCGUGUGGUCACGCGGCCACACCGCCUAAGGCCGGCGCAGAGCAGCAAGAUCGCCAGCGACUACCGCGCCGAGUUCGCGCGCUGCCUGGAGCCGCUGCUGCUGCUGGGGCCGCGCAGAGCCACGGGCGCGCAGGGUGGCGCCAAUACCCACACUGGCUGUCUCUCCAGGCUGGCAGGGGGCUCAGGCCCCAAGGUGCUCAUGGGACCCAGCUGCCCCUCCCCCGUGAGAAAGGUGUCCCGGUCACCAGUCCAAAAGCCCACGCUGCCCCGGUCCAUAAGCACCAAGGUGCUGCUGGCUGACGGCGAGGACACGCCCUUCGCGGAGCACUGCCGCCACUACGAGGACUCCUACCGGGGUCUGCAGGCGGAGGUGCAGAACCUGAAGGACCAGGUACAGGAGUUGCACCGCGACCUCACCAAGCACCACUCGCUCAUCAGAGCUGAGAUUAUGGCCGACAUCCUGCACAGGUCCCUGCGGCUGGACGCGCAGAUCGACUCGGAGUACGCCUCCGUGGAGGGCAUGAGAGCGGUCUUCCAGGAGAUCUGGGAGGAAUCCUACCAGCGGCUGGCCGGCGAGCAGGAAAUCUAUGAAGCGCAGCUGCGUGACCUCUUCCAGCUGAAGCAGGAGAACGCCCACCUGACCACCAUCACCAAGCACAUCACGCCCUACGUCCGCUCCAUCGCCAAGGUGAAGGAGCGGCUGGAGCCCAGGUUUCAGGCAUCAGCAGAUGACGAGUCAGAAAAUCCACAAACUGCGUACGACGCCAGCAGGAACGGGGAGACGCCAGCCAGCUUGCUGCUGCCCGGCUCCGUGGCCUCGGCUGAGCCUCCGUUCGUGAACUAGAUCAGAAGGGCUCUCGACUGAAGACGAGCGCCGUGCCCGAGGGCCCUCAGACCCCAGGUGCGAUUGGACAGACGGCACCGGCUCGGGAUUAUGAAGCGGCAGCUGCUGCCUGAACUCACUCCCUCUGUGGGGGGCUGCGUCUCCAUCACGUCCCUCCAUUCUUCCCGCAAGAAAAAGUGGCUGAGGCCCAGUUCUUGGGCGUGCGCUGCUGUCCACCGGAGCCAGGGGCUCCCAAACACUUGCCAGGGGAAGGGGGGGGAACAGCUGUGUCACCGUCACAGGCUCAUCUUUCAGCAUUUCACCCUGUUAGCCUGGCGGCAGCACGGCAGGGGACGGAGCAGAGCCCAGCCCCGCCCUCCCCUCCACCUGCUUCAGCGGGGCCUCCGUUCUGAGCUCAGCCACCAGAGCAGCCACACCACCACAGACCCCCGCGGCAGCCUCCCUACAAACCCGGUCCGGGUGUGAGCUUGGACUUGGCUGGUCAGGUACCGCAGGGGCCUUGCGUUCCCCACCUCGCAGCUUCCCGCCACACAGCCACACCGUGGUUCCCAGCCCGUCAGGGACGGGUUUGUUUCUUUAUUAAGGAUCGGAAAGAAUGAGCAGUUAUCUGUGAAAGAAAAGCCAAUUCAAAAAACCCAAUAAGCGUGUCUGCGUGUGGAGGAGGACAGUCGCUCCCUGAAGGUGCUGGGCUGCCUGCCCCGGGGGCUCCCAAACCCAGCGCUGCACAGCGAGGCCACUGAGCUUCCCACUUGCCCAACUGCUGAGAGCAAACCACAGCCGGAUAGACGUAGGGACUGCCUGAGCCCACCACGGGAGCCCGCGGCCGAGGGCCCAGGCCCGGUGGGCCCAGGGCUGCCUCCCCAAGAUUGGUAAAUGAUUGGAAGGGAUGAACAAAGUGCACUUUUGGGGCUGGAGAGCAGCUAGCAGUUCACGCCAAGGAAGGGGCGCAGGUCUGCUGCCUUUGGCCCCCUGCCCCGCCGAGGCUCCCUCCACGACGGCACUGGCGGUGGCCUGCGGAUCCUCGCGGAGGGUUUCCUCUUAUGCUGCUCCCAAGUGGCUUUGUUCUGUUACCCCCUGAAGAAUCUGCACUCCAACCUGCAGGGGGAGAAGCCUCUGGAGUUUCUUCAUGUAAGAUCGGCCACGCGGCCCCGACAGCCAACGCCGGAAGAGCCUCGGCUCCACCCAGCUGUGGGCCCGUUUGGUGCACGCUCUUGGCACCAGAUGACGUCCAGACUGUGCCAAAUCCCACCCACAAGCAGCUCCCCCGUCUUCCUUAAGGAACUGCCGAGCUGGCCCGGGGCCGCAGAGGGUGGGAGCGCCCUCCCGCUACCUGUACUGCUGGAUUCCCGCUUUACGGCACAGCCGGCCCCAACAUCCAGGCCCCCGCGCUGUGAGGCCGCCUCCCACUGGGAAACCCCAACCCUGCCUCCCAGUGUCCCAGCCAGGGCCAUCAUCAAGACAAGCACACGGCCACUGAAGGGAACCAAGCACAGGCCCCAUCUUAGACCAGUGCCAGCUGGGCUGGCUCCCACGCCCAGCCACACCUGCAGCGCGCGGUCCCAGCCAGCGGAGCGUGCCAGGCGUGCUGUGAACAGACCUGGCUCCAGCUCCCAGACAGUGAGGGUGCGUCGGCACCCCGCCAGGGCCAGAGGCCCCUGCAUGGCCUUAAGGGGCCGUGGCUGGGCGUGCGCACUUCUCAAACUCCAAGCGUCACACCAGAAUCAGUGAACCCGUGAACCUCUUUGGUAUAAACCAUGAAGAAAUUAAGCCAGGAAAUCUAGAAAUAAGUGGUAUUUCCAAGUUGGUAAAAUGCGCUCUCGAACACACAGCUUAGGUAUCUGGCACAGGUAACUCACACAGUGCAGACGUCACUGAUGUCACCAAUCCCCUCUGAGUACUAAAACCACCUGACGUUGUCCGCCCGGUCCUCACAACACCCUGUGAGGUAGGUGGUGCCGACCCCACUCCACAGAUGGGGUCUGAGCAGGGAGAGCGUGGCGGCCCCUCACUAGCCGUGUGGCACGUGGCCAGGCAGCACUCGGGAGGACCUCCCGGGGGGACCAGGCUCCUGUCCAGUCCAGAAAGAACCAGAUGAAGCCGACCACCCGCCCCGCCCCGCCCGCGGCACCGAGGGGACCCCAGCUGCCGCCAUCAUCGGCUCUGUGGGCCGAAGCCGUCAGUCAGUUGCUUCAGUCUGCAGCUGUGCAGGCUCCGCCCCCUUUGGAAAAGACAGUCUGAAAUGGUGUUAAGGACGAUGAGAUUCUGAGACAGAAUGUCGAAAAUAGUUAACUGAUUUUACACCGAGACACAAAAUAUGUGAGUUACGGUUGAGAAUAAAACCUGAAAUAAAAAAUGGA